AUGGUAGAGAGAGAGGAAUGCCAUGACAGCGAUCCGUCUAGGCAGAACGAAUACGAGCUUCCACUGCUGUUGCGACGGCAGUGGGGCGCAUUAUAUGGGGAUCCGUGUACAAUCUCGUCGCAGCGCGAGUUGGACGAAGCGGUGCGCCUGUUGCAUGCAAAUGGCGAAGCGGAGUUGAAUGUGCAUGUUUUCCUGGGCAUCCCCCCGCUACCCGGGCUUCCUUGCAAUGGAGAAGACAGUAUGUCAUUCACUCUUCCUUCAUUUGUCGUUUUUUUAUUCACAGCAUACCUCCGAUAA